UUGAGAUUCAUAGACAAAAACCCUUAAAACAGAAAUCAUGAGAGCUCAAUAAAUGUAAAAACACACAACCAACCUCUCAGUUUCUCUACUUUUCCUUUAAUUCCUCUCUCUAUCAUUCAUUUAUAACCUUCACUCCAGAAGCUUCUCUCUUUGCUCAUCUCUUUGUUGCUCACAAGAGUUUUCUGUAUAUAAGAAUAACACAACCUUGAAGCUUUGUUUCAAUAGAUUUUAUGCCUCUUCUUGUCUGAUCUUUGUUUGUUCUUUUGUCUUUUACCUCUUAGCCUAUGCUUUGUCUGUUUCUUCCAUCAACCACAUAAACAAAAAGGAAACCUCAUCUUUAACCAAUUGUUUAUCCAAAAUAAAAGAAAAAGCUGAAGCUUGUAGUCAUGAAAAAGAAACUGAUAGUGCUUAUGUUACUUCUGCAACUUCUGGCCUUGAACUCUCUUUCUCUGAGACAGUCUUCAUCGAAACCAAAUGCAAAGAUCACUGUAAUGGGUCUUGUUUACUGCGACGUCUGCUCUAACAACAGUUUCUCCAAACACAACUACUUCAUGCCCGGUGUGGAAGUGAGAAUAAUCUGCAGAUUCAAUGCUGCUUCGUCAAGAACUAGAGAGAUGAUAACGUUCUCUGCAAAUCGAACAACGAACGAGCUCGGACUCUACAAGCUAGAUAUAACGUCUCUAGAAGGCGUUGCUUGCGCCGCAGAAGCAGAUAAAGGUUCUCUUAUGGCUUCUUGUCAGGCAAGCUUGAUUGGUAGCUCCUCGGAUUCCUGCAAUGUUCCUGGCUACAAAACUACAACGGAUCAGGUUGUGUUUAAGUCCAAGAGGUCUAAUCUCUGUGUCUAUGGGUUUACAGCUUUGAAUUUCAGACCGUUUAAGAAGAAUCUUGACUUGUGUGGCAAGCAAUAGAAAAGAAAUUGCCAAAGUCACUGUUCGUUUCUACUCUAACUAUGUGCUUCAGACAAAA